AUGUCCGGCCCUCCCCUCGGCCAACCCUGGAAGGGAAACGUCGGCGACAACCCCAACAUAAACCGCGACCCUCCACCCCCUCCCAUCAACGCCGCCCCCGCUCCUCCCGCCGCCGCCCCCAACAACCCCCAAAUCGUGCACGAACAACACCAGCCGCCCAUCUACGGGCCCCCAGUCCCCAUUGGCAUCGGCGGCCCCGCCCUAGGCAUAGGUGCGUUUCCGCCCUUCUUCCCCGCACCCCUGGGUCUCGGUAUGGACCCGAUGCUCACGGGCAUGAUGAUGGGCAACGCACCGCUUGCGCCCAUCCGCGCUGGCAACUUUCUCCCAGGCGCUCACCACGGUAUAGGGUUUGGGGUUCACGGCGAGGCGGGAAUGCCGUUUCCGCCGCCGCCGCCGGGGGUGGUGGCGGGGGCUGUACCGGCUUUUGCACCGGCGUUGCCGUUGUGGGCGGCGGGUGGGGGGUUGGGGUUUGGGAAUGUGCCGGCGGGUGUUGGGGUGCUGCCUGGGGUGGGAAUGGGGAUGGGGAUGAUGGGGAUGGGGAUGGGGAUGGGGAUGGGUGGUGCCUCGAUGCAUAAUCGACCCGCGCCCAUGUUUCACGAUGGGAAUCUGGGGUUCCCCGUGCAGCCUGAGCAAGGCGAUCCCACGCAGAUUGCAGGUGGGAUUCCACCGGGCGUGACUCUGGUGGAGUCUGCCGAGCACAGCAUUGUCAUCUUCAUCAAGGGGAACGUGUGUCCUUGGUUGUCGCCUGGUGCGCAGUUCCAGGUCGAGCCCAUGGCGUUUGGGAGUUCGACUGGGUUGAAUCGCGUGAUUCAGGUGCUGAAUAACAAUGCGGCGCCGGAUGAAUGCGAGAAUAUGGCGAUUACAGAAUGUAUUGAGUUGGGCAAUGGGUUCUUUGAGAAGGGCCAGACGUUCAAGUAUAAUGAUGCGGUGUCGAGAGUGCUGACCAUGAAAGAUGCUGGGUGGGACAAUAAGCGGAAUAGGGCUGGGGGUAAUAGUUUGCAUCUUUGGUUACAUAGGAUUUGA